CAAUCCGGUUCUUCAGUGCAGAGGGCGCCGGAAGUCGUAGUUUAGGAAGCUCAAAGCGUGAAGCAGCCCCUAGAGUUCCUGAAGUCGGUGAACUACAAGUUCCGACGUGCACAGUGCCCGGGGACUUCCGGCUCCUGUAUCCUGUACCUUUCCCGGCCCCGGGCCGAGAGGGGCAAGAUGAUGCCGGAGGGUGUAGCCGCUGCUCCCAGGCAGCUGCGGGCGGGGGACACUGCCCAAGGACCCUGGAUGCCUCUCUAGAGCAUGAGCUCAGCCAAGAGUGCCCGCUACAACCGCUUCUCCGGGGGGCCUGCCAACCUUCCUGCCUCAGACAGCAGUGGGGAUGGAAACAACCUUUGGGCCUACCUUUUCGACCGUCACCACCAUUACCAAAGCAGCUGAUGGGACCAGCACAUACAAACAGCAUCGCAGGACGCCUUCCUCCUCUAGCACCCUUGCCUAUUCGCCACGGGAUGAGGAGGACGGCAUGGGCUCAACCCCCUGACAGGCUGCCUCCAUCUGUGCAGCCCCCCAUCAACACUCCUCGCCGCUCUGACUCAGCCAUCUCUGUCCGCUCCCUGCACUCCGAGUCCAGCAUGUCCCUGCGCUCCACGUUCUCGCUGCCUGAGGAGGAAGAGGAGCCGGAGCCAUUGGUGUUUGCGGAGCAGCCCUCGGUGAAGCUGUGCUGCCAGCUCUGCUGCAGUGUGUUCAAGGACCCUGUGAUCACUACGUGUGGGCACACCUUCUGCAGACGAUGCGCCUUGAAGUCAGAGAAGUGUCCUGUGGACAAUGCCAAGCUGACAGUGGUGGUAAACAACAUUGCAGUAGCUGAGCAGAUUGGAGAGCUCUUCAUACAUUGUCGGCAUGGCUGCCGUGCAGCAGGCACUGGGAAGCCCGGUGUCUUUGAGGUAGACCCAAGGGGCUGCCCCUUCACCAUCAAGCUUAGUGCCCGGAAGGACCACGAGAGUAGUUGUGACUACAGGCCUGUGCGCUGCCCCAACAACCCCAGCUGCCCACCCCUUCUCAAGAUGAACCUCGAGGCCCACCUGAAAGAAUGCGAGCACAUCAAGUGUCCCCACUCUAAGUACGGGUGCACAUUUAUUGGGAAUCAGGACACCUAUGAGACGCACUUAGAAACAUGUCGCUUUGAGGGCCUGAAGGAAUUCCUGCAGCAGACCGAUGACCGCUUCCACGAGAUGCAUGUGGCACUGGCCCAGAAGGACCAGGAGAUUGCCUUUCUGCGUUCCAUGCUGGGCAAACUCUCAGAGAAGAUUGACCAGCUGGAGAAAAGCCUUGAGCUCAAGUUCGAUGUCCUCGAUGAGAACCAGAGCAAGCUCAGUGAGGACCUCAUGGAAUUCCGGAGGGAUGCAUCCAUGUUGAAUGAUGAGCUGUCUCAUAUCAAUGCACGCCUGAACAUGGGUAUCCUGGGAUCCUAUGAUCCUCAGCAGAUCUUCAAGUGCAAAGGGACCUUCGUGGGACACCAGGGCCCUGUCUGGUGUCUCUGUGUCUACUCCAUGGGUGACCUGCUCUUCAGUGGCUCUUCUGACAAGACGAUCAAGGUGUGGGACACGUGUACCACUUACAAGUGCCAAAAGACACUGGAAGGUCAUGACGGUAUUGUGCUGGCGCUCUGUAUCCAGGGGUGCAAACUGUACAGUGGGUCUGCAGACUGCACCAUCAUUGUAUGGGACAUCCAGAACCUGCAGAAGGUGAACACCAUCCGGGCCCAUGACAACCCUGUGUGCACACUGGUGUCUUCCCAUAACAUGCUCUUCAGUGGCUCCCUUAAAGCCAUCAAGGUCUGGGACAUCGUGGGCACUGAGCUAAAGUUGAAGAAGGAACUCACAGGCCUCAACCACUGGGUGCGGGCCUUGGUGGCAGCACAGAGCUAUCUGUACAGUGGCUCUUACCAGACAAUCAAGAUCUGGGACAUUCGGACCCUUGACUGCAUCCAUGUCCUGCAGACAUCUGGUGGCAGUGUGUAUUCCAUUGCUGUGACGAAUCACCACAUUGUCUGUGGCACCUAUGAGAACCUCAUUCAUGUAUGGGACAUUGAAUCCAAAGAGCAGGUGCGGACCCUAACGGGCCAUGUGGGCACAGUAUAUGCCCUGGCAGUCAUUUCAACACCAGACCAGACCAAAGUCUUCAGCGCAUCCUAUGACCGCUCCCUCAGGGUCUGGAGCAUGGACAACAUGAUCUGCACACAGACGCUGCUGCGCCAUCAGGGCAGUGUAACUGCACUGGCUGUCUCCCGGGGCCGGCUCUUCUCGGGGGCUGUGGAUAGCACCGUGAAGGUUUGGACAUGCUAACAGAAUCCAGGCCAGGCUUGACUCCUUCUGGGUCUGUAAGUCAGGCUGGACCUCCAUGAUGGCCUUGGAAUGUCCGCCUGUCCUGUGGAGACAGGUAGACAGGCUCAAACAGCUAGGCAGUGUCCUCUCUGCCUCUGCUCAGUGCGGGGUCUUUCAUAAGGCCUCACUCUUACUUCUACCAGAGAAAUGCCCAGGCCCUGCUCUGGGCGCCAGGUACGAUGCUUGCCCGGCCCCACCAUUCAUAUCACUCCAUAGACUUUUGUUUUGAGACAGGGUCUCACUAUGUAGCUCUGGCUUGCCUGGAACUCACUGUCAACCAGGCUGGCCUCAAACUCACAGAUCUGCCUGCCUCCACCUCCCAAGUGCUGGGAGUAAAGGCAUGUGCCACCGCCCCUGGCUGGACCCAGAUGGACCAUGGGUCCUUUUUACUCACCUUUUCUACUGGUUUUAGACUGUAUAUAGAUUUUAUUACUUCCCUGUUGAAAUAAAAGCUGCACAGACUGUG